CAGUGCCGGCCGCGUCUAGUAGGCGUGUGCGAGAGCAGCGGCGUGCAGAUCACAGAAAUGGCUCUGCGCGACUCGGCCUUUUGGACGCUCCACGUUCGCGACAGCGAACACGUGUUCAUGCGCGGCUUGGUGGUGGAGGGCGACAUGAACUUCCCAAACAACGACGGCAUCGACAUUGACGGUUCCAGCAAUGUGACUCUGCUGCAGUCGUACGUCGCUACGGCGGACGAUGCCGUGUGCAUAAAGGCCACCAGCGGCGGUGAGCGGGCUGUGCGGCACGUGCUGGUCAGCAACUGCACAUUACGGUCCCGCAGCGCUGCAGUCAAGCUGGGCAGUGAGACGAAGGCGGACAUGACCAACAUCACCUUCUCGCAUCUUAAGGUGCUUGACUCGAACCGCGGCCUGGCCAUCCAGCUCCGGGACCACGGC